AGUUUCAGUUACAGUAUCUAUAUAUGUUGAGGACUUCUGAGCAGAACCGAGCAUAUAGUAUAGUUUCAGUUUGUACUAUGUCCUCUUCCCAAGAAACUUGUUGACCACACAAGAAUGGUAGACCCCGUCGCGUUGGGUGACUUUUAUCGUCGGCUCGGUACGUUUAUCAAAUGUAAAAAUGUCUGGGUCUGGAAGGGUUGGAACUUGUGAUGCAAACUCUGGAACACACACAAAUUUGUGUUGCAUGAGCGCCAAAAGCUGUCCACUUCUUGGCACGCAAGUAGGAAGUUUCUCAUGCGGGAGACGCAUCAUGAGGCGUGCUCAAAGCCUGUGAUGCUUUUGCCUGCAUCAGACGCCAUUUGCGUGAUCCGAAAUAUGCAUGACAAAUCUCGCAAUCUUCCAGACCCAGACAUUUUUACAUUUGAUAACCUUCUCCGUGAUGGCGGAGGACGCGGGCAUCACGGGGCGCAACGUCGACUUUCAAAAGGGCCUGCGGACCUGGCUCAACGAGUACCAGAAAACGAAGCAGGAUCUGUCCUCCCAGGCAGAAGCAGCGUUCAGCAGUAUCAAAAGCGGCACGAACUCGGUGUAUCACGCCGCGAAAGUGAAGGACAAACACGUGGCUAUCAAAAGGAAAAAUCCCCCCUUCCCAUAUCAAAACGCAACUUCUGAUGCUGGAUUUGGAUACACAUAUCAAAUUUGUGUUGCAGUAGAGGAAUGCACGCAGCUCCUGAGCCUAGGCUGGGGCCUUUUGGUGUAGGCGCCUGGAAUGGUAGACGGCUACUCUGGAGGCCUUACAGCAUUACAAAUCGCCUGCAUAACGUGGCGAACAGGCUGAGCGUGCCGCCUUGCAAGACAGACCCGAUUCGUGGCCACAAAUCUGCGCCGCAAAUUUUCAGAAGGGUGCGCUUUCAAUAUGGGGAGGGGGGAUUAUUCCUCGCAAUAGUGGCAAAGCUGCGGAGGAACCGGGGUUUCGAGGACGUUGUGACGGGGUCGACCACCCUCGGACAGGUGUUAUCGCGCACCUUGCAGCAUCUGGGCAGUCUGCAGCGCGGGUUUCUGCGGCUCGCGCAAGAGUCUUUGUACGGGGCCACCAGCAGUUCGCACGGCACGGUAUCAAGUGCAAAUAUGUCUGGGUCUGGAAGGCUGCAACGUUUGGCAUGCUUGUCUGAAAUGACUGCAGAGUUUGUGAUUCGUGUCCAAAAACAGACCCUUUCUCUUGUCAUGCAAAAACGCUGGCUGUUAUGCAGAAAGCGCAACAGUAACCCGCGCAAAAAUUUGUCAUGCGAGACCGUGUAUUACGGAGCAUUCACUAUAAUUCACGACUCAGCUGCAUUACAAGUUUAUUCAAGACCCAGACAGCAUAUUUGCAAUCCAUACACGGGGUUUUCUUUCGAACAAAGUCUUCUUGACGGAGAAAGCAAGGGCGGCGCGACAAGUGGAACUACCCUAAUGCCAAAAACCACGUUGCAUGCCAACGGGCACGCGUGCAAGUGCGCGGGGCCCUGCGGCCAGCACCAGGGCGCGCCUUUCAACUGGUGCGUGGUGGAGCCGGAAUCCACGUGUGACCAGGCGCUGAAGGGUAUUCUGAGUAAAACCGUCCCCACGACCCGCCCAGAGUCAAGAUGGAAAAUCUGCGUCGACGAAUCUACAAACUUUGGUUGUUGCGCAUGACAAGUUUAUUUCGCCUCGCAGUGUAGUAGUGUUCUUUAGCUAGUUCGGCAGCGUCACAGAUCUAGCGUCUUAUGCUGAUGAGAGUGUCACAAAUUCCGAAUGAUCACAACGUAGAAAUAAAUGCUUCUCAUGGGGCUCCGCAUGAGAAACUACAUCGCAAGCAUGUAGAUUUGCCUGAUAAGUACUUCUGGGGAGUUGGUGACGUUUUUACACACGAUAAAGGGCAACACGGCACUGGACGUGACGCUGCGGGACCACUUUUUGGCAAUGCCCGCGGAUAAGAAAGACAAGAGGUUCACCUGGGACUACUGCGUGCCGCCCUUGGACCCGCUGAGAAAACCGGGCGUGGUGAAGACGACGCACGUAUUGUGAGGAAAAAUCUCCCCUCCCCAUAACGAAAAGGAAAUUUGUGAUGCUGAUUUGUGACCACAAACCAGCUUUGUCUUGUGUACAAGGCAAACUGCACCCAUCUGGCGCAUUCUACAGCCAUUCUGUCAUGCGUUUUUGCCUAUGUCAGGCUUGUUUCUCAUGCGCAGCCGCUAGGUACUAGCCGGAUGCGUACCGAAAUGGUCUACUCAGAAUACAACUUAUGCCGACAAGCUCUUGCUGCGAUACAAAGUUCAUUGGUGUACACAAUUCCAGCAACACAAGUUGGCUUUUGAGUAUGGGGUCGUGGGGGCUUUUUUCACUUUCAUAGCACGGGUGCGAGUGCGCGUACUCCCCGGAAAUCUUGGAGAAGUACAACGCGGUGGCGCGCCCCGACCUUUUCGACGGCGCCAAUGACGUCGAGGGCACACUAUCCUAUGUAAAAACGUCCCCACACCAUAGUCAAGAUGGGAAGUCUGCAACACAACUCCCCAUGUUUUGGGGGUUCUGCAUGUUGACAAGUUCCCAUCUGCAGUGUAGUACUGGCUGGCAAGGAAAGCCGCAUGACAAAGCCAUUUUCUCGUCCUGUUUACAGCAUUACAAAUUCCAAAACACGACUGGAAAUGCCUCUCAUGGAAGUGCGCAUUACAAAUCUUCCUGUCAUUGCACAUUUGCAGGACAACUCUGGGAUGGGGACGUUUUUACACAGGAUACACACGAGGACACAACGGUAGAAGUUCGAAGGGACCACUCCUGCAGCUUUCGAAAGUGCCCCUGCGCGACCGCGUCACGCUGCAACUGAUGGCGCCGCCGCGGUACGGACUGAGGGGGAAUCGAGACCAGUAUAGUGGGACUUCCCACGGCGGGGACACAAGUUUGGAUUUUUCGCGCGAAAACCUCUGCGUGCCCCUGGCCCGCGACGGGGGCGCCAGCUGGGCGGCCUGUCCCGUGAAUCGCCACACCUGCAACAUCCGGAACGGCUUCACCUGGGAUUACUGUGUGGACACCGGCGUGAAUGGAAAGCCGGCCGAGCAACAAGCAGGUGAUGCCAAGGCCGCGCUCGCUGCGCGGGAUAGUGCCCUGAGGCCCCGUGACAGCGGUGCUGUGGCGACAGCCGCAUCGGAAUUGCAACAGUUGAAGGAUCGAAUUCCAACAGCAGCAUCGUAAAUUGAUUCUUCACAGGUGAACUCUAUAAAGAAAUUUACGAUGUUCACCAAAAUAUGAUGAAGCGAAGGUUCAUGUUGCUGAACACUGAAAGAUGAAGGGCAAACUAGUACGCAGAUGAUUCUAAUACUAGUGGAUGCUUACAUCUUUUUUGGGGCAGUUACAGUAUUGUGACUAAAAUAAACUCAAGAUUUUUUAACGCGUUGGAAUA